AUGGCGGCGCCCGGUGCCCGGUGCCCGGUGCCUUCUGCUUCUUCUGCCUUCGACCUUAUCAUGCAUAUUCAAGGUAUUCAAGGUACAAGUUACACCGAUGCCGUCGUCAAAGAUCCGCUUCAGACGUACUUCCUUGCUGCGCGCUUCAUUCAAGAUGUCUAUACGAAAGAAGGUUCUCUGUCUGGCCUAAAUGUCAAGACCCCAUUCGACGGGAACGAGCCAGUCGAGCCUCUCUCAGGAGUCGCAACCAAUACUGCAAAGGCAGCUAUCAUCCAGCAUCAUGCCGAAAGGCUCAUGCCGGUCCUAGCCAUCAUGUACCUCUUCAAUGCCUUGGACAGGGGAAAUCUAAGAAAUGCGAAGACGGAUGGGAUUGAAGAUGACUUGCACUUCAAGACGAACCAGUACAACAUCACAUUGGUUGUUUUCUUUGUGCCAUACGUGCUCUUCGCUCCGCCUAUCGUAAUGCUGGGAAAGAAGUUUGGACCAGCAAGAGUGCUGCCUGUCCUAAUGCUGUGUUUCGGAUCCUUCACCAUUCUCGGGGCUGCUGCUCGGAACUUUGGCGGGAUGAUGGCUUUGCGCUGGUUCCUGGAUUGGAAAGGCCUCGAGUCACCCAAGCCCUACAUCGAAAGCUGGCCCAGACCAGGAAUGUCCGGAGCGGCAUUCUUCCCUCUGGUGAUCUAUUGCCCGACCGCUUUUUACCGCCGAGGUGAAUUGGCUCGUCGUCUGGCAAUGUUCUACGCCGCUAGCAACAUCGCCAAUGCAUUUACCGGUCUCCUCGCAUUCGGCGUCUUUCAGAUCAAGAAUACCAGCCUUGACGGCUCGCGUAAUGCGGCUGGAGCAAAUUCUCUCAAGCCAGAGGAGAAAAAACUCCCCUAUCACCGCACUCAAGUCGACUCGCCCUCCAUCGUGAUUCCAAAAGCAGAACCCCAAUCUAACUUUCUCACCCUCCUCCUUAUCAACAUUCCAUCUUCCCUUUGA